UACAGAUUUUAAGAAACUUUUAAACGCCGACUAUCAUCAGCUGGGCAUUUUUUUGGAUACCCGGUGCGAUAGCAAACGAUACACCAAAAUCUUCAUCGACGCAACAAAGUACUCUAUGUACGACGAGAUGCAUAAAUGGUUGAUCCUCGGCUCGAACUUGAGCCACAGCCUGCAAAUAUUACAAGACAAUGCCUUUAGCAUCUCCACAGAUAUUGUAAUCGCUGUACAGUCGGGAAAAGAUUAUAUUUUGUACGAUGUGUAUAACCCGUGCAAAGAUCGCGGGGGCUCUAUGAACGUGACGUUUUUUGGUACUUGGAAUAGCGAGAAAGGCUUACGCAUCAACCUAACCCAAUCGAAAUUAGAAAGAAGAUCGAAUUUACACGGAAUGAGACUGAAAGUCGGCAUUGUAAUCAAUUACACACCGGAGAAUCAAUCUUUGCACGAGAUGAUGAUGGAGUACAGCAUGCAGACCAAAUAUGGUCGAUCGAAAUUUUUAUACGUGCUUCUGUGGCAUCUGUCGAAUCUUUUCAAUUUUACUAUCGACAUCGUGCAAAUAAACGCGCAAAGAAGGUUUGAUCAUUCUGGUCCGGUUUUCUCAGCUUUCAAUAAAAAAAUCAUCGAUCUCUCGGCGAGUCCUGUCGCGAUGAAGAUCGACAGAUUGAAUAACGGAGACAUUAUCGCACCCGUGUGGCCGAUACGAUCGUGUUUCAUGUUUCGCACGAUUUCCUCGACGAAGAUAAGGCCAGGUCAGUUCCUGAAACCCUUGUCCGCGAAAGUGUGGUACGGAGUGUUGAUCAUGAUCGGGAUCGUAAUGUCGAUCUUAAUCAUUCUCAUAAGAAUGGAGGGCAUUCACGAGCCUGCGGAGACCUAUGGGCUCUCUGUUCUAAUGACAAUAGGUGCUCUAGCACAGCAAGGCUCUGCGUUCAUACCGACGCGUUACGCGGCUCGUAUCGCGUUCCUACAGAUUCUCAUAUUCAGUCUGAUCAUUCUUAAUUAUUAUUCGGCGAGUGUCGUGUCGAACCGUUUGAAGAACAAGGGGGAAAAAAUGAACGACUCGCUGAUCAGCUUAGCGAAGAGCGGUAUGAAACUGGCGGUGGAACCGACUCCUUAUAUUCGUUCCUUCCUUCAGAUACCGGAUAAGGAAGUCAGGUACUUCUAUCAAAAUUGUUGGACGAAGAUACCCGAGUACAACAGAUACCUGCCAUUGGAGCAAGGCCUCGAUCAAGUGGCAAAAGGAACUUUGGCUUAUCAUACGAUGGUCGACUCUGCUUAUCCGUAUAUUGAACGCUCGUUCAACGACCGUAGCAUCUGCGAGCUCACGGAGGUCCAUCUGCUGAAGUCGAUGCUGGCGUUUUACGCGAGGCACAGGAGUCCUUUCACAAAAUUACUGAAAGCAGGAUUGACGAAGAUCAGAAACGUUGGGAUCCAAAAUCGCGAAUUAAAGCGUUGGUCAGCGAGAAAACCGUUUUGUCCGAGUAACCUGCUUAUCGCCGAACCGCUAUCGAUUCACGAAGCCGUACCGGUCUUCGUGUUUUUGUGCCUCUGCGUUGGAUUUUCCAUUUUCAUCUGUAUCCUGGAGAAUAUAAUUCAUUGGUGUUCGCAAACACGAUUACUAAGCGCCAUGACAGAAGGUAGACGCAUGAUUAAUAAAAAUUUGAAUCUACCCUCCUUGAAAGAUAUUAAUUUGCAACGACCGAGGAACUUCAACAUAUUCAGCGGAUCGUUUAGCGCACGGACAUCUUAA